UCUCACACUAAUUGCUCACUUUGUAUGCAAAUAUUGGACAUGUUAUUUCGACGGGGGAGGGAGUGACGGGGCUGGGCUCUGUUGUCACUUGCCACCCAAGAUGUGAUUCAGCUGCAACAAUCACCAUUAUCUGGUCACCACUUUUAACGAUACGGGACGAAUCUGUAAUGAUGACGAGUAUUUCCUUCCGCCAUUGUUGAGGCAACGGUGUUAUUCUUCUGUGCGGGUUCACACCUACCAUCAUUGGAUAACGGCACUCGAAUCAUUCAGGUACUUAGCAUCCUGGAGGAGGAUAUAUAAGCGGGCGAAGUACUGUUUAUACAAACACUGCACUACCUCGUGUCCACACACAGACAGGGUAUUCUAGGUCGUCUGUGACUCUGACAGCGCACGCUUAGCCAUUUUUUGAUACGUCGCUUUUACUCCUAUAUCAACGGUCUCUCUACUUUGGAUAGUUUUCACGCACAAGGAUUCCGUUUUUUCCGGAAGUAAUGGCUGGUGCUGCAAAGUUCAGUUUUUCCGUGAGGAGCAUCCUGGAUUUGCCUGAAAAUGACGCAGAGACAGUGCAGCCCUCCCCCGGUAACUCCUGCUCCAGCUCCCCUUACUCCUCCUGGAUGGACAGCGACCGGACCCCUUGUCUCUCUUCAGAUGAGAGCAGCCUGGAGACUGCCCCAGACUCAACCAAGUCAGAUGAGUCUUCUCUGGACUCAGAGGCCGAGAAGAAGAAGUGCCGCGUGCUCUUCUCCAAGGCCCAGACCUUCGAGCUCGAGAGGCGCUUCCGUCAGCAGCGCUAUCUGUCAGCACCAGAGCGCGAGCAGAUUGCCCAUAUUCUCCGCCUGACGCCGACGCAGAUUAAGAUCUGGUUCCAGAACCACCGGUACAAAAUGAAGAGGUCACGAGCGGAGGGAACGUCACAAGACAUAAACCAACUGUCUAUGUUGCGCAGAGUAGUGGUACCCAUCCUAGUUCGGGAUGGCAAGCCGUAUCAGACCUGUUUCAUUGACACGGAGAAAGGAGGCUGUCUUGGACCGACCACAUUCCCGGGUACACCCUUCAGUUUUGGGUACCAGUCUUUUCAGCAUCCGUCGCCUUUCGCUCUACCUCAACAAUACCAGCACUUGGCUGGAGACUUUCUGAACGACUCAGCUCAAUUCAGUGCUUUUACGUGA